AUGCAGCGAACAGAACCUCCACAACCUAAUCGGGACUAUGAUCUCUCCACGCCAAUUACCUCAACCUCUGGAUUACGUCAGGGCCUAACAUCCUAUGGAGAUGCACACUUCUCCCUAUUCCUUCGCAAAGUAUUUAUCAAAGCACUAGGUUAUUCCGAAGAUGCACUCUCACGCCCUAUCAUUGGCAUAAUCAACACCUUCUCGGGUUUCAAUCCUUGUCACGCCAAUGUACCGCAGCUUAUCGAAGCGGCUAAGCGUGGCGUGCAAUUGAAUGGUGGAUUGGCUGUGGAAUUUCCUACCAUCAGUGUCCAUGAGUCUUUCUCGCAUCCCACGAGCAUGUUUUUGCGCAAUCUCAUGAGUAUGGAUACUGAGGAGAUGAUCCAGGCUCAGCCGCUGGAUUCAUGUAUCAUGAUUGGAGGUUGUGAUAAAACGAUACCUGCACAGCUUAUGGGCGGAAUAUCUGCCAACAAACCGAUACUUCCCUUGAUCACCGGGCCUAUGUUACCAGGUAGUCAUCGUGGACAGAGGAUUGGUGCAUGCACAGACUGUCGAAAUAACUGGGCGGCGUUUCGCGCCGGUGAGAUCAACGUGGAAGAAAUCUCAGCAAUAAAUGAAGAGCUGGCUCCGACGAUAGGAACAUGUGGUGUUAUGGGAACUGCUAGUACUAUGGCGUGCGUUACCGCUGCUCUAGGUAUGAUGCCCCUUAAAGGCGCAAAUUCCCCAGCUGUUUCAUCUGCAAGACUUCGUAUUGCCGAAGAAACUGGUGCAAAUGCAGUGGCAGUCGCCAAAGCAGCAAGAAAGCCCCAGGAUAUACUCUCUAAGGAGUCAUUUCUAAAUGCUAUCACGGUGCUUCAGGCUAUAGGUGGAUCCACAAACGCCGUGGUACAUUUACUGGCCAUUGCGAAUAGACACCCCGACCUCCAAGGCGUGAUAACACUGCAAACAUUCGAGGAAAUUGGCCAGAAGACGCCACUAUUAGUUGAUCUCAAGCCAAGUGGCGAUAAUUAUAUGGACGAUUUCCACAACGCUGGAGGCAUGUCUACCCUUCUCCAAGUGCUGCGGCCACUGCUUCACUUGUCGGCCUUGACGAUUACUGGUCAAACAUUAGGAGAAGUUUUAGAUGAAGCUCAAUCCAAGAGAGUCUCGUUUGCACAGCAGACAAUCCGACCACUUUCAGACCCUCUAUACCCAUCUUCAUCUCUGGCCGUCCUCCGCGGCAAUCUUGCCCCCCAUGGAGCGGUUAUCAAGGCGUCAGCAUCCAAAUAUCGAUCGUUACUUACCCACACUGGAACUGCCGUGGUGUUUGAGAAUUCCGCCGAUCUUGCCCAGCGAAUCGACGAUCCUGCUCUCCCAGUCACGAAGAAUAGCGUGUUGGUGCUCAAGGGCAUCGGCCCAAUUGGAAACCCCGGUAUGCCAGAAGCAGGUCUGAUCCCAAUUCCAAAGAAACUGGCUGCUGCUGGAGUAAAAGAUAUGUUGCGGUUGUCAGACGGACGCAUGUCAGGGACGGCAGGAGGGACUAUUAUCCUUCACAUUUCACCCGAGGCUGCUGUACCAGACUCGCCAUUUGGGGUAGUAGAGACGGGAGACUUGAUCACUUGCGAUAUCGAUAGCCGCAAACUCCAUCUCAACAUCUCCGAGGAAUUGUUGCAAACGCGUAUAUCUCAGCGAAAGCAGAGGUUGAAAGGGGAUGCAGGUCCAGCCUGUGUGAGAAAACAAAGACGAGGCUAUCGCGGGUUAUAUGAGCGAUCAGUGAACCAAGCUCAUGAGGGAACAGAUUUUGAUUUCCUCACAGCUAGCGGUCUCGUUAUGAGCACUGAUACUAUCCGCCCUCGAGGCCGGCCAGCUCACACUCCGGGUUCGACCGUAUUGGCAUACCAGCCGGAUGGAAAACGAGUUAUCACCGGUGGAUCCAACUCUGCAAUUAGAAUCUAUACCGUCGGCGAAGAUGGCGAACCGAAGACAGUCGACGAAGGUGUAGACGGGCACUUCGGAAUCGGGGCCACGAAUGAAUCUUUUAUCAUGGGCGCCGAGGAUGGAACUGUUUGGCAAUACGAUAUUGUAACUGGCAAGAUGCGGAACUUGUUGGUCCGGUGCGCUUUGCCUGUGCGCGACAUUGCGGUAUCGAAAGAUGGCGAGUGGAUUGUCAAAAUCGAUGAUAUGACCCAAGUCAAGUACCUCCGCGACCAGAGCAAAGGAUCGAAACAUGUGACAUUUGACCCCAAUAGCCGCUAUGUCACAGUUUCCGGGACAGACGGUAUUCUAUAUGUUUACUCAUUCGCCGAGGAAGAACCGACAUUGUCUCACAGCCUUGACGGAGUGAUUCGAAGACUAGAGCCAGAUGCCGAUGCGACAUCCCGAGCCGUUUGGCACCCCGAUGGUACAGCAUUUGCCGUUGCAGAUGCGACCAGAGAUAUUUCUAUCUAUUCAAUCUCCCAGUGGAAGAAGGAAAAGACCUUCUCGGGUGGACAUACUGGCGAUAUUACAGCGCUGAACUGGGCUCCCAAUGGCACCCUGCUGGCAUCAGCUGGAACAGAUGGACAAAUCGUGCUCUGGGAAACAAGGACACAGAAGAUCCUCCACCGGUAUGAUUUUGGAAAUGUGAUCAACCUUGCCUGGCACCCGACCAAGAACUCGCUGUCUUUCACCACAUCGGACGGCGAGCUAUUCAUCUAUGACAAUUUCGUCCCCAGAGACCAUGAACCUCAACUUCAGAAAAUGCUUCAGGCGGCUCCUAUUUUCCCCAGUCCCCUAGCAGAGAUCUCGAAUAAUGUUAGUCGGACUUUGGCUGAGCGGUCUAAAGAAGCGAUCAAGCAGGCGGCUCGAGAGGGCUCACAGGACUCGCUGGAUGACCUUCUCGGCGAGGAUGAGGAUAUGCAAGAUUUUGUCGAGGAUGAUGAUGGAGCUGGCUAUGCUGACGAGCUCAAUUCAUAUGGCAAGCGGCCAAAUGACCAUCUCGAUGACUUGUUCGGCGAUAAAAAGCGUUCCUAUCCCGGCUCUGUAACUUUCACGGCCCAUCCACCUAUACAACCCGGCAGCACUCCUUGGGCAGGAAGCAGACGAUACCUAUGUCUAAAUUUGACUGGUGCUGUCUGGACUGUUGACCAAGAGACACAUCACACUGUGACUGUGGAAUUUUAUGACCGCGAGCUCCACAGAGACUUCCAUUUUACGGACCCCUACCAAUAUGAUAAAGCAUGCAUUAGUGAGUUAGACUGGCCUAACCCUUGCACAAUACAUGCUAACGAAUGGAAAGAUGAGAACGGAACGCUUUUCUGCAAUACUCCUACGGAUAAAAGCCCUGCCACAAUCUUCUACCGACCUCACGAGACAUGGACUUCACGAGCCGAUUGGCGGACUCAAUUGCCCGAGGGUGAGAUGGUCCGAGCUCUUGCACUGAGCGAUUCAUACAUCGUAGCUGUGACGACAAAGGACUAUGUUCGCGUGUAUACACUCUAUGGGACACCAUACCGGGUGUACCGACAGAAGAGCCAAGCCGUGACUUGCGCUGCCUGGCGAGACUACAUCAUGACUAUCGGCAACGGGCCCGUGGGACCUGAUGGCCGAACUGCCACACUGCACUACACCAUUGAGAAUGUCAAGCGUGAUGAGAUCUGUCAGAACGAAGAUAUAGUUGCUCUUCCGAGUGGGACCCAGCUACAGAGCGUUUUCUUUUCUGAAACCGGAGAUCCAUGCAUUUACGACACCACCGGUGUACUACUGGUGCUACAGCACUGGCGCACACCUGGCCAAGCCCGUUGGGUACCUCUUCUUGAUACGAAGCAACUUGCCCGUCUGGCGGGCGGCCGUAAAGCAGAAACAUACUGGCCCGUAGCUGCCGCACAGGACAGGUUCCACUGCAUCAUUCUCAAGGGUGGUGACAAGAAUCCCUACUUCCCACGGCCGCUCCUCAGCGAGUUUGAAUUCCAGGUGCCGAUCUCAAGCAACCCGCCCAAAGACCCCGAGUCCGAAGAUGCAGCAGAAGAACGCAAUGAUGGUUCCAAAUUCGAGGAGACCUUUGUGCGUGGAAAUCUCCUUCUGUCGCUCUUCCGUGACCUCUUGGCCUCGACCAACGCGACUGCCAGCCAGCGUACUGAGCUGGCGCGCAAAGAAUUGGAGAUUGAUAAGACUCUGCUGCAGAUGCUGGCCAUCGAAUGCAGAGAGGGCGAAGAGCGUGGUAUGAAGGCGUUGGAGUUGGUCUCCAUGAUGAACGAUCGCAACGGCAAGAUGAUUGAGGCUGCAGCUAAGGUUGCCCAACGCUAUGACCGAGGCGUUCUAGAGGACAAAAUUCGGGAAUUGGCUGAGCGACGAGUAAUGGGUUUGGGUGAUGACGAUGAACUGGCUUGA